AUGUUACGAGACAAAAUCAUCAUCGGGGUGCAAGACAAAAAGCUUCAACUGAAGUUGUUAGAUGGGAAGGAUGAACCACUGCUGAAAAUUGUGGAGACCUGCAAGAUCUUUGAGGCCGCUGCUGAAAACAAACAGUUACUCGACCGGAAAGUAGCACAGAGCGAUGUCGUACGUCACCGGCGAUACUGCCUAGCGAUCAAAGUUACGUGUGAUUCGUGUGGGCGUCUCGGGCAUUUCAAGAGAUUCUGCAGAGCGGCGAGAGCAGUAAACGAUACCAACAACCAGGCUAAUCGAGGUAAACCUGGCUCGUCGAAGCAGGUUACGACCAGUAACACAGUUUAUAGUGUGAACUGGAAAGAUGCAGGUAACAAUUUAUCUAAAGGUCAAGAUAAGGUGGGGUUAGACAAAGACAGUGAGCUACUCUCUCGUUAUAGAAUAAACUCGAACACUAUGUCAGAUGAGGUUUCACGCGUCAGGUGGACUAAGCGGUAUCGUAUCAAGGAUCGAUUUGUUGUUUUCAAACUGGACACUGGGGCAGAUGUCAACUGCAUUCCGUUGAAUAUUGCUGCUGGGUUGAAUUGCUCUAUCGUUAGCGAUUGCGUUGAUGUUGUGGAUUAUAAUUCCAAAAAAAUCCAGAUUCAUGGUGAAGUUUCUCUUCCUUGUUAUGAUGUUGAGAAACGAACCACCCAGGUUGCAGACUUUGUUGUGGUCGACGAUUAUUUUGAACCUUUGUUGGAACUAGAAACCUGCCAGUCGUUUGGGCUAGUCGAGCGCAUAUGCUCAGUGCAGUCGAUAAAACGUUUUCCGUCUGAUCUAUCAACUUUCGCCGAGCAAAAUAAAGAUUUAUUUGUAGGUCUUGGAAAAUUCCCCGGCACUUGUUCAAUCCAACUGAAAGACAAUUCAGUACCUGUUUUGCAUUAUAAAAAGCGUAUACCAUCUAGUCUUCACGAUCGGCUCAAGAACAAAUUGACAUCGAUGGUAAAGCAACACAUUAUCAGUCCUGUCGAUUACCCUACAGAUUGGGUCAACAAUAUGCAAAUAGUCGAAAAGCCCAACGGUUCGUUACGUAUAUGUUUGGACCCUAAACCACUGAAUGCUUGCAUCAAGAGGGAAUAUUUUCUAAUACCAACAGCAGAGGAUAUCCUGGGUCGUCUGAACGGUAAGCGAGUAUUCACAGUGCUGGAUCUACGAAACGGAUUCUGGCAAAUGGAGCUUGAUCCCAAAAGCGCUGAUCUAACUACUUUUAUGACUCCAUUCGGCCGCUAUAAAUGGAAUCGCGUACCGUUCGGAAUUAACAGUGCACCUGAAAUGUUCCAGAAACGUAUGGUACGGAUUUUUGGUGAUAUUCCAGGUGUAGAGAUUUACUUUGAUGACCUGUCAAUAGCGGGAACAGAUAUUGACGAUCACGACAGAAUUUUGACGAUUGUUCUUGAUCGAGCUCGGCAGACAAUAUCAAGUUUAAUCCGACAAAAAUCUACUAUUAUUAAUAUCCCCAAGCCACAAAGCACGGACGUACUUAGACUCCAGGGUCUGCUCAAGUACCUCGGGAAGUUCAUUCCUAAUCUGUCGCAACGCACAGCGGGUUUGCGGAGUUUAACUCACAAUAACGUUGAGUGGCAAUGGACUGAUGAUCACGAUACAGAGUUACAUAGUUUGCUCAACACUAUAAGUUCCAAACCCACUUUAGCUAUCUUCGAUCCCGACGCUCCGAUAAUUGUUCAGACCGACAGCUCCAAGGAUGGUCUUGGUAGUGUUAUAAUGCAAAAGCGGGCACCUGUAGCUUAUGCCUCUAGAACGUUGUCUAAAUCAGAACAGAAAUGGGCACAGAUAGAAAAAAAAUUGCUGGCGGUAGUGUUUGCUUGUGAGCGUUUUUCCUAUUAUCUCUACGGGCGCAAUUUCCUAGUACAAUCCGAUCAUAAGCCACUUGAAACACUAGUACGUCGUGAUAUUGACGAUGUGACUCCUCGUUUACAACGCAUGUUCAUGAACUUGUUGCAGUAUCCGGGAAUGUGUAUAACCUAUACACCAGAAGAUAUUACUGCGAUUGGACGCACCCGCGCACUUCUACAAGAAUUUUCCGCGAGAAAAUUUGUCGCAAUCAACAAUAUUGAAGCUUUGAGAAACGACGAGCGGUAUCAGCGUGUAGUUAAAUAUGUUGAAAAUGGAUGGCCUUCAUACCAUAAUUUGGAUGAUUUGUGCCAGUUAUUUCACAAGUAUCGCGACUGUUUGCAUUACGAAAAUGGUUUGCUACUCAAGAAUCAUUGUCUGGUAAUUCCAACGGCAUUACAAAAACUCAUCUCGAAAUGGUUACAUGCUCCGCAUUUUGGAAUAGAAAAAACACUUGCACGGGCUAGAAAUAGUUAUUUUUGGCCAGGAAUGACAACUGAUAUCGCGGAGCUGGUCAAAAAUUGUGGCGUAUGUGAGAAAUUCACGCGAAAUCUACAGAAAGAGCCUUUGGUUCAAGAGGAUGCUUCACUGUAUCCUUUCAACCGCGUAGGAACUGAUCUUUUUGAGUAUGCUGGAAAAGAUUACGUAGUCGUUAUCGAUGCCUAUUCCGGUUACGUGUUUGCUGAAGCGUUACAUGAGAAGACUGCUCGGCAUGUUGCUGAUACGCUGGAUCGAAUUUUUCUUCGAUAUGGAUGUCCUACAUACAUACGAUGUGAUAACGUCCCUUUCAACUCGUCCGCCUUCAUAGAAUAUGCCAAUCGCACCAAUGUUGCAUUCGUUUUUUCGAGUCCCCGUUUCCCCCAAAGCAACGGUUUAGCAGAGAAAGGAGUGGCUAUAGCAAAGAACAUUUUAAAACGAUGUAUUGAAAUGCGUGAACCGGAAAGCUUUCAGUAUCGGUUGCUAGAAUACAAUACAACUCCAGUUGCUUUGAUGGGCCUUACACCAGCUGAGUUGUUUUUCGGUCGUCAGCUAAAAACGCGGCUCCCAAUAGCACGUGAGCUUUUAAUGAGGAGCAGUUUGAGCAAUACGGAUAUUGUAAAUAAAAUGAAUCGAAAGUACUCGAACCAGAAACGGUACUAUGAUCGUUCUACCAGACAACUUCCAACGCUUAACGUGGGCGAGAAAAUUAUUUUCAAGAAAAACGCGAAGGAAGAAUGGGGUAAUAUCCCGGCAAGUGAACAACCGUUCAUAUAUUAUUAA